GGAGGCCUAUAUAUACUCAGCCAUGGUGUGUGGAGGACACUGCAUCCUACAGCUCUCUGACUGGACACACACACACCCAUAGGUUUGUCCCAGCUGCAGCAUCAGUCAUGAAGGUCCUUGUCGUGCUCGCCCUGGCUGUUUUCACAGCAGGAUGCAAUGCCAACGUUGUGUGGAAUAAGCAGUCUCAGCAACAGGUCGACAUGGUGAAAGAUGCUUUCUGGGACUACAUUACAAAGGCAACCGCAACCGCUGAGGAGUCCAUGAAGCAGAUCAGAAACUCCCAGCUGGGAAAAGACGUAAACACCCUCAUCUCUGAAAGCACAGACGCCGUCGACAAGCUUGCUGUUGCUCUUAGAACUCAGGUGGCCCCUCUGACCCAGAACUUCAUGACCCAGUUUACCAAGGAGGCUGAGCAGCUUAAGACCCGCCUUGAGGGGGAUCUGACCAGCAUGGGAGCCCGCCUGCAGCCCUACGCAGAGGAGCUGGUUGCUGACCUCCAGAACAAAGUGGAGGUGCUGAGGAAGGAGAUGAGCCCUUAUGCCAACACCAUGGACUCUGAGUCCCUGAAGGCCAUCCUGAUGCAGAAGAGCGAGGAGCUGAGGGUGCAGCUGGAUAAGAGCGUGAGCCAGCUGCAGGCCCAGAUGGUCCCCUAUGCCGAGGAGAUGAAGGAGAAGAUGGACCAGAGUCUGGACGAGUUCCAGAGGAGCAUGAGGCCUCUGGCUCAGAGCGUUGAGACCAGGCUGACCCAGAAGUCCCAGGAGAUUCAGAAGAAGCUGGUUCCUCUGGGAGAGGAGCUGAAGAUCAAGCUGGAUGCUGAUGCCCAGGACCUGAAGAGGCAGCUGAUAGCUCUGUGGAAGUCUUUCGCUAAGAUGGCCCAGUGAAAGGACUAAAACUAUCCUCCUUUAACCUCAGUUCUCUCUGCUGAAUGAGAGAGGUGUUUAUGGGACAGAUACAAAGUGCAAUAUCUCAUUUAUUUAUAUGUUGAUGCUGCUAAAAGAUGCUCCCAAACCAACCAACUGGAUACUGUCAGUAUUCCCUCCACCGUU